ACGGAUCCAUUUCCGGGUCACUCCCAUCAAGCCUUCCACUUCCGGGUGAAGAUUGCCAGGCCGUGCCCUCUAGCUCCGUUCCAUCUGGCUAUAGCGCACGGUAGACUCCUGUCUUUCUUGAGGCCGGCUGGACCACGCCAAGGGAGUCGGCGGCUCGGCGCAUCAGGUUGUCCCCAUCCGGUUCGGUGCCGCAGUUUCCUUUGCUGCCUGUCUUGAGGGGGCGAGGCGCGCGGCCAGGCUGUCUGCUUGCGUGCUAGGGGUGGGCAUAGUUGGGGCGAUCCUUGGAGUGAAGCUCCUUUCUCGUGUCUCAGUGAGCGUGCACGCGCACAGGCUGCUCCCCUAGAAGGAGGAUUUAGGAGCUGGGCGAGCGCAUGCGCAGAUGGGGCUGAGGAAACUGACAAGCCCCUUGAUCUUGCUCUAAGAGCGUGAGGCCUCAGGGCUGGUGGGGUCAAAGGGUGAGCGCGGGUGCAUAAAGGUGUCCAUCCAGCCCCCGUGGCGAGCUAGGCCUGGAGCGAAUCACGCGUGCUCGAGCCAGCAUCUCCGCCUCCUCCCCAAGGACCCAACGGGUCAUGGCUGAGGGCCUAGAGAUGGGCAAGGACCCCAACGACCCGACCCACUCACGGACGCUGUUCGUCCGUGAAGACGGCAGCUCGAUCUCGUUCUAUGUGCGGCCGGGCCCCGCGAAGCGGCGGCUGUCCACACUGAUCCUGCACGGAGGGGGCACCCUGUGCCGGGUGCAGGAGCCUGAGGCUGUGCUGCUGGCUCAGCCCGGGGAGGCGAUGGCUGAAGCCUCAGGGGACUUCAUCUCCACGCAGUAUAUUACAGACUGCGUGGAGCGCAAUGAGAGGCUGGACUUGGAGGACUACCGCCUGGGCCGGCCAGCCCGCAGGGAGCCCGAGAGCCCCGAGGCGGCCUCCGGGGAGCCUGAGGAUGCCUACUCGGAGGCCGAUGAUCUGGCCAUUGUCCGCUACGUGAAGGAUAACGCACGCUCCCCGAGUGCCCUGGCCGGCACCACCCUGUGGAAGGCCCUGGAGAAAGCGGCCCUCACCCAGCAUCCUUGGCAGUCCCUGAAGGACCGCUAUUUGAAGCACCUGAAGGGGCUGGAGCAGAAGUAUCUGGAGGGGGAGGAGCCUGCCAGCCCAUCUCAGAAGCUCAAGAGAAAAGCCGAAGAAACAGAACCUGCAGACGGUGAACCUCAGAAGAAAAAAGCCCCUGAUCGGCCUGAGGAAGAUAACGCAGAGGAGCAAGUGCAGGAGAGUGAAAUGACAGAGGGAGACGUUUUGUGCCCUGAAAACGAGGAGAUUGAGGACAGUGAGGUUCAUGAUCAGACCCCUGACAUUGAAUUAACUGUGAUUAAAAAUGGAGAGCUGACCAAUCCUGGAAAAAAUAACUCCAAUUUGAAAGAGGCUCCAAAGGACAGUGAGGUUGUUGAGGACACUGUUGUAUUGGAAACACAGCCUGAAGCAGAGGAAGGCAGUUCCAGCCCUUCUCUUUCACCUGAGAUGGGAGCUGCCAUCAAAGUCAUCAAACAUUUAAUGGAGGAGUUUAGUGUGGAUCUGGCAACAGUCACACAAGCUUUCUUGAAAAACAGUGGGGAGCUGGAAGCCACUUGUUCCUUCUUGCAGACGGGCCAGCGAUCUGAUGGAUAUCCAAUCUGGACCCGACAGGAUGAUGUGGAUUUGCAGAAAGAUGAUGAGAAUACCAGAAGUAAACUGAUAAAAAAAUUUGGUGCUAAGAAUGUAGCUAGGAGGAUUGAAUUCAGAAGGAAUUAGGGCAAGAUGUCAGGGAGAAAGGCCAGACUCUAGGGUUCGCAGAAUGAGCAGUUGUCAAAGAUGGAGUGGAAAAGACUGACGCUUGAUUACUAACUAGUACUGUUACUGCUCUGUUAGAUAGCACUUGUUAACAAAUGUGACCAUGUAAGAAAAUUUAAAAGCAGACAAAUUUGGAAAAUAGGAAAACAGCUGGUAGUCAUGUAGUGCUUCAAGGUCCAAAAAGGGUUUUUCAUCCAUUCCUCUGACUGAUCCUCACCUCAAUCACAUGAGAUGGGUUCUAUAAGUGUUAUCAUCAUCAUAGAUGAAAUCGAAGAUUAAGUUAAAUGUCUUACCCACCCAUUCACUGAUACUCAGAAUUAGAUAUGGGAGGUGGGAUUUCAGCCACUUGGCUCCCAUGUCCAGUUCUUCCUGCUGUAUCAUUCUGUCUUCCAGGAAUUGUUUGAAACAUUUAUUGUAUAAAGUCUUAAGUCAGAGAAUUCCAGUUCAUCAUUUUAACCUAUGAUCUCUGCUCUACUGGAAGUAAGCUAGUGCUAUUUCAGAGGUGGGAUAAAAUAUAAAUUCAUGUUUUGCAUAAAAAAAUUAAUAAUAGAGAACCUCUAGCCUGUUAGAAUGUGUUCUGCCUCGUCACAGAUUCAAAGGAUCAUCGAUUGAGAGCUGCAAGGCACCUUAGAGUUCAUCAUUUCCAGUCCCUUCAUUUUAUAGCAGAAUAAACGGAGGCACAGAGGUUAGGUGAUUUACCUAGGCUCCCAUACCUAUUAAAUAUCUGAGAAAGGAUUUGAGUCCAGGUCUUCCUAACUCCUAAGUCUGGUGUAUUAUCCAUUAUGUGGUGAUAUGCCCUGUAAAAGAUUGAUAGGCUACAGGGGGAGGAAAAAACCAACUCCCCCACCACGUGAUUCCUACUGCCCUUGUUAGAGGUAGGACUUGAGAAACCCAAGGGGAUUUUGGAUCUCAGAGGCCAUCUGUUUCAGUGCUUUCAUUCUGCAGAUGAGGAAGCUGAGACCUAUGGAGAUUAAGAAGGAAGGCCAUAUAGACUUAAUAAAUGUCAGGUGGAAUUUGAACUCAGGUUCUUUGAUACCUGAGGCAGUGCUCCUUCCACUGUACUGUGCUGUCCUUUGGCAAAAAGCAAUGUAAAUUGGUUGAGCCUGUGAAAAUCUCAUAAUAUUAAAAGCCAGUUAAUAGGGCCUUAUAAAACUGCUUGGUUUUUACAGGGUUCAACGAAGUGAUAAGAGACCAGGGGUUUUUGACCUCUUUUUGUGGUGGGAACCCCUUUGAAAGUCUGGUGAAAUCUUUGAACCAUUUCUCAGAAUAAUGUUUUUAAAUAAUUGAAAGAAAUGUUAAAUUUUAGUUAGAGGUUAGUGAAAAUAAGGAUCUAAUUUUUUUCCCAUCCAAGUUCCUAGAUCCCUGCAAUCAGUCCAUGGGCUCCACCUUAAGAACCCUUGAUAAAGACUUAACUGAGCUCGUACAUCUUGCUAAUCACCAAAGAAAACAGCAGUGAGAUCUGAUUCCCUGACUUCUUUGAAAAUAGCCUACUGUGCUGUGACUUCAUCCAACCAUUUCUGAAAGCAUUUUAGAGUAAUAUGGAGAAAAUGGCCAAAGCAUACUUAGUCUUUUACCUAUAGAUUACAUUGCUAGAAAUAUGCUGUGAGUGCAGUCAAGUAGCAUUGAUUAAAUGCCUACUGUGUGACAGGCCUUGUACUAAGCUCUGGAGAUGCAAAGAAUAGCAAAAGACAGUGCUUGCUCCCAGGUCGCUCACAGUUGAAAAAGAUAAAGACACCAGAUAUACCCAGAGGUAUAGCAGCAGUUUUUGUAGUAGCAAGGAGUGAGAAACUGAGAUGCCCUUCACUAGAGGAAUGAUGAAACAAGUUGUGGUUCAUAAACAUAAUGGAAUAUUACUGUGUUGCAAGAAAUGAAUACAGAGGAAUGUGCUAAGACUGAUACAAAGAGAAGAAAAGCAGAAGUAGGAAAUUAGUACACACAUUGACCGCAGUAAUAUAACCCAAAAGAUGAGUGACACUAAAACCACUGAAAUUGAACUCACUUCAAAAUUAUAAUGACCAAGCUUGGCCUAAAAAGAAAAAAGAUAAAAGAAGUUAUCUUCCUCCCACCCUUCUUUGCAGAGAUGGGGGACUGUGAAUGUGGAACACUGUACAUAAUGUUGGACUCUUACUUAUGUUGGUUAGUUUACUAUGCUGUCUUUCCUCCUCUCAUUCUGUUAUAAGGGAUACCUGUGUACACUGAGAAAUGUGGUACAAAAAUAAAAGAGAAAUAAAAAUUUAUUUAAAAAUA